GAGGUUCAGAGGUUCAGAGGUGAGUCCUUCAGGUUCAGGGCUGCAGCAGCUGGACGUCUCCAGAUGUUUCUCCUCCUGCUGGUUCUGUUCGGCUGAAAUGGACCGCUGCUCUCUGGAGCGGCUCUUCCUCAUCUGGACUCUGAUGAUUCGCCUCGGUGGAUUCUGCCUCGAAAUAACGGUGAGACACUCUGAGCUGAAACCAUGUGAGGGAAACGACCGGAUCUGCGUCACCGACCUGAGAGAUUGCAAACCUCCACCGCCUUCACCUUCCCAGAAGAUGCUGAACAUGUCCUGUAACUACCAGCAGACUGCAGACGGAGUCCGAUCUGUGAGCUGCAGCUGGAUCCGGCUGCAGGCUGAGAGUCGGGCCUCGCUCGUCUUCACCAGCGGGUCAAAAGUCCUUUCCUGUCCUGGGAUCUUCAGCCCUGUCAUCGCCUACGGUUCUCUCCGUGUGACGGCCCGGAUACGGAGCUACCUGACCGGGACAGACGAAUGGUCUCAGCCUCAGUUCCUGAAGGAUGCAGUCAAAACGUCCCGGCCUGAUUCAGCUCUCAGAGACACGACCGAACGAAGCCUGGACAGAGUUCCCUCCAGGCCUGCAGAGUUGUGUUACAGCGUGGAGAAAACAGGCGAUGAUGAGUCUCUCCUCCUGCAUCUCAUCUGGAUGGGUUCUGAUCCAGGUCGGGUUCUCGGGUAUCAGGUCCGCAUCGACCCAAACGAACACGUUCAAAACGUCACUGAGACGACUUUCCUCCUGGUGGUGAAGGAGGGGAACUACAGCGCCACGGUUCGAGCCUUCAACGCAGCCGGUUUCGGACCCGCAACCCGACUUCAGAUGGACACACAGGAUCAGAACCCUCGGCUCUCUGUGAGGAACCUGUGGAUUUCCAGGGGUCGUCCUGAAAACGAAGAGCUGCGGGUCCGGUGGACGACCCCCACCAUGCCGCCUGGCGGCCAUGUUGCUGUUCAGUGGCGCUCAGAGAACUCGUCCAGCAGCCGACGGGUCAGAGUCAACGGUUCCAGUUCCUCUGCUAUCAUCACAGGUGUUGACCCUGGUGAGUCGUACCUGGUCAGUGUGUUCCCCGUCUAUAACCAGCAGUGUGGACCUCCUCGGUCUCUACCCGCCAGUCUGCAAUAUGGAGCCCUGAUGGAGGUCGUCAGUCUGGAGGUCGUCAGCGUCACUAAAACCACGGUGACCAUCGAGUGGGCGUGGCAGCGGCGGCAGCCGGAGCAAACGGAGACUAGACCGAUCAGAGUGGGCCGAUACCGAGCGAUGCUGAGGAGAGACGCCGACCAACAAAAUCUGUCUUUGUGGCCGGACCGGCAGCAGCAGCAGCACACCUUCUCCAACCUGACUCCCAGCACUGAGUAUUCUGUGCUCCUAUUGGCUGACGAUCUUUCCUUAAGAAUCAUCCCCGUGGCCACGCUUUAUGAUGAAGUUCCAGCGGUUGCCACGGUGACUCCUCUGCUGCUCCUGGUCGUCACGGUGAUGAUCAUCUCCGUCCUCUCCAGAACUCUAUGCAAGUCGUACUUCUUCCCGACGAUCUCCAGCCCUAGAAAAAGCACAGCAGGCCAGUGGCUGCUGAACCCCAACCUGAAGAAAUGUCCGGAGAGGAACUUCCUGGACGUGGCCGACUUCCAGGUGACGGACAUUUUAGGGGAGAAGCAUCUGAUCCUGGUCCGUCCAAACGACCUGCGUCCACCAGGUCUGCAUAAGGACAAGUCUCUGCCACCAAUCAGCAGCCUCUCAGUCAAACUGGACACUGUGGAGGUUACUGGUACCAAACCAAUCACAGGACACGACGUUCGGCCAAUCACAGAGCAGCAGCUGCUCUCUCUUCACUCAGUUUUUACGUCGGAGAUCGGAGGAACCGAAGUUCCUCUGCUGCAGGAACAGGAAGAGAGCGAGGAAGACGUUUAUCCACCCCAUCAUCAUCAUCAUCAUCAUCAUCAUCAUCAUCAUCAUCAUCAUCAGGAGUUCACGUUUCGGUUUCCAGAACUCCUGACGGACUUCCUGGAACAACCGGAACCAGUGACUGGACCGCUCGAACCGGUCCCUGAGGUGGAGUAUCUAACAAACGGCUGCUUCAGAGCAGAACCAGCAGCUGGAUCAGAACCAGCAGCGACAGUCCCGCAUUAACUCAGAGGUGGAACACUGACCCCUGGUGGUUGAAAAAUCCACGACGACGCAAACAGAAAACGGUUUUAAUGAACCGUCGUUAUAAAGAUAAAAACAUCUGAAAUGACACCUUAUGAAAGAAAUGUAUUCAUUUAAGAUCUUUUAUUUGUUUU